GUUUUUGAUUAAAAAUUUUACACGUAAAUACGAAAAAUAAGUUCGUGUGAAAAAAUGGAGGAAUCCUCAUCGGACGCGCCAGAGGAGAAAGAGGCUACCGUGGCGAAUACGACACUCAUCUGCGAUGCGAGACAUUGCAGAGAGAUGCGAAAGGAGAAGUUACCGCCCUAUCUUCGGGACAGAGAGAGAAUACUCUAUCCACGUAACACGAGGACUCUGCCGAAAACAUCGGUGAUCGGCGGACAACCCAUUGAGGAAGAAACGUGCAUGGCUCUGAGAACGUUGGUCUUCGGUUCAUGCGCGACUCCACCGAAGACCGAAUGGGCGAGAACCGGACUAACUUUGCGACCGUACGGUCAAAGUUUGGCGUUCGGACUGAGAGCGCCGAGAAACACAACAAGAGGACUCGUUACCGCCGUACAAGCCGUCAUGUUGAAGCACUUCUUGUUCAAAUGCGACAGACAAGAUGUGAGAGCGAGUUCCGAGACUCUGUUGAAACCUUCGUACGAUCGACAAAUCGAGGUGUUGACUUUCGCAAUCGCGGAAAUUAUUUGGCGUUCCGCCGGCGGCUUCUCCGUGUCUGCGUGUCCGAAUGUCGUCGGCAACAACACUGUGCCAAAAGCCGUAAUAGCUCUGCCACAGGACACGCCGUAUCUUCAGCACAGCGCGCAUUAUUUCCAAGACGGAUUAACAGAAACGCUGCAUCUGUUCGAGUUCAACUCCUUGGAGGAUCUUGAAAUAUUUGUCAAGAGAUAUUUAUAUCUGUUUCACGACGAAGGCGGGCCCGGUGCCGUCUUACUUUUGUACAGCAUGGUGCUUUCAAGAGGUUUCUCGAAAGUUCAGAACGAUCUGGAAGAUCCAAAGGCAUCGAUUCUCGGCGGAUGUUCCGAAGAAGGACCAAUCGGCGUCGUUAUUUUUAUUUUAACCGGACGCGCAUCGCCACAUGUUCAUAACGGGGUGGUUCACGUUGGCGACGAAAAUACAUACGCCGUGCCGCAGUGGGGAGUUCUUCUGCGAAGCGAAGUGGGAUUCUUAAUACACGAAGGUGACGGCAAUAUAGGCAAACAACCGGGUUCGCGUUUGAAAACGCCCAGUCUACCGAUAUGGGUAACACUUUGUCUCGGUCAUCACGGCGUGCUCUUCAAUACGAAUCGAGAAUUGCUGAGAAAUUAUCACGCUGAACGGCGGUUCGAGGUCCAAUAUUUCACCUGCGGCGGUAGUCACGCUACGUUGACGGUGGACACGAGAGCGAACGAGGCUUCCGGAGGAUCAGAUGCUGCAACAAUGGAAACCGCCGAUAUCGCCGCAACACCGUUAGAGAAACUCAUUCGAUCCAAGUGGCAGGAUGCUCUUAUACAAUGGAACGGAACGCCGUUGAUGUGAGGAACGAUCGACCUUCUUUCCGUGUUUGAGAAUACUGUGUAUAAUAUCCGUGAUUCCACGAUCGAUACCGAUCGAUCGCGGCCGCGAUCGAUCGCGCCGAUCAGCUCGUAUUAGCAAAGGCUUUUAAUUGUCGUUAACGAUGUAGGUUUCACGUAGAAAAACAAAACUUAUUUAUAUCGCCACAUAAUAUGUCGGGCUUUGCGUAAUUAAUUUUUACGUCCGAUAAAAAUAUUUA